ACUAUAUAUAAGAAUAUAUUUAUUAUCAUACAUUGACAAAUGGUUUCAACAUUUUUAUGAGGAUAAGUUGAAAACAUUUAACGUCAUAAUGGCUUAUUCCUGGGAUAACCGUGUCGAUUUUGUUGUUCGGUAUAUGUAUGAUAUUGACAACAAUGGAUUUUUGGACCAAAAUGACUUUCUGUGCAUGGCAGUAAGAGCUUGUGUGGUUGAAGGAAAGGGUGAUUGCAGCACUGCUCGAUUGGAUGACUAUAAAAAACUUAUGAAAAAUUUAUGGGAAGAAAUUUCUGCGAUUGCUGAUGACGAUAAGGAUGGAAAAAUAUCUAACCAAGAGUUUAAGGACGCAGUUAAAAAAACAUGUGUGGGCAAAAAAUACGAGGAAUUUCCACAGGCAAUGAGAGCAUUCAUUGAAUCGAACUUCAAGCUGCUUGAUAUAGAUAGCGAUGGUAUUGUUGGAGUUAACGAAUACCGUUAUAACUGCAUAACUAGAGUAGCCAUCGAUGAUAUUACACCAAUUGACAAAGCCUUUGAAACAUUGCUGAAUGACGAAGAUCGGAAACGUGGAGGUCUUUCAUUAGAUCGUUACAAAGAACUGUAUGGUCAAUUUUUGGGUAAUACAGCCGAUAACCAUCCAGCAGUAAACCUUUUCGGGCCUCUAUAAAUAUCUUUCUUACAUUUAAUUGUCUUCGCUGUUGUUCAACUACUAUUUAUUAAGAUUUAUUUGUAAUUACUAUGACUUAAAAUUUAUUACCACAUAGAAAUAAUACAUUCAUAUCAUUUUUGUAGAAUCGUCAGAUGACCAGAUCGUUAACUUUAAAGUUUUUUAAAUAGUUAGUACAUUUGCUCUCAGAAGUUUAACAUAGGUUAUGAUGUUGAUUUGCUCUCCCUAAAAGGCUCUUAAGUUACAAACUCUCUCUCGAAGCCUAUUAGAUUUAAAUAAUUGUUGUGUUAAAUAAAAGUUGUAAUAAAUAUAAUUACCAAAAUAAA